AUGGUGUUGCAACUGCAUGUAUGGGGGCCGGCCUUUACUCUGCCCUCAAUUGAGGCGCAAUGCCUCGCAGCUAUUGCUUACUGCUCAUUAGCCCUCCCCAAGGGCUCCUGGGAGCUGGUGGCGACCAGCGACCCCUCGGUGUCUCCUACUGGUGAGCUGCCCGCAUUGCAAGAUGGCUCGACGUGGGUGAGCCGCUUCCGCAAUAUCGUGGAUUACCUACGCCAAUACUCCAACGGAGCAUGGGAUCUGGACUGCGACCUUGACGAAACAGCUCGUGCGGAUAGCAUCGCCUUCUCCUCCUUCAUCGAAUCCCGUGGCCAAGUCCUCAUCGAUCUCUCCCUGUACGUGAGCAGCCAGAACUACUAUGGUAACACAUCACCCGCGUACGGAAAUCUCCUCCAAUGGCCGAACCAAUGGAUCCUCCCGCCGAAGCUGCACGGCGCCGCAAAAGCCCGCACCGAACACCUAGGUCUCUCGUCGCUGGACCUACAAGCGAUGGAAGAGCAGCGCCAACGUGAACACUCAGCCGCAGUCGCAGCCGGCCGAGUCCCCAAGAACCUGAUCGCACGCCCACGCGACACGGUGUCAAAAUUGCUCGGCCGGACGGCGCAGCAGAACCAUUUCCGCUUGGAGGCGCUGACGGGCGAGUUCUUCGAGCCACUGGAGGCUAUGCUAGGCAAGAAGGCGUACCUUUUGGCCAAAAACGAGGAUGACCCUCUAUCCAGCCUGGACUGCAUUGCGCUGGGAUAUCUUUCGCUCGCGCUAGUACCCGAGCUUACCUUCCCAUGGCUGCGAGAUGCUAUGCGGACUAAGAGUCCGCAGCUUGCGGCCUAUACGGAACGAGUGCGGCGACGAUGUUUCGGACAGGCGCCUGUGGAGGUUGCGCAUGCCUUUUCGCCGCAGUCUGCGCCUUCAUCGCCGCUGCCAUGGAGGACCCCGAGCCGUAUCUCCGUCGCGGCUGUCGGUAGCACACUCCUCGAUACGCUGGCUGAUUCAACCCCACUCCUCCGGAAUCUGCGCAGAUUUAACGGAUUGAAGGCGGGUGCCCAGUCCCCAGAUGCUGGUCUGUCGGGACUAGAACGGACGGUCGUGUCUCAGGCCGCCGAUGCUGGUAAAAAUGACCUCUACGCGUCCGUUGCGACAGUCGUGGGCGGAGUUGCCGUGUUGGUGGGUUACAUGUUCCACAUUGGCAUGAUCACUCCCUUAGUAAGUGGCCAAGAAGAGUACGAGGAGGAGGAAGAAGAGGAAGAAGGUACCGAGGAGUUCAUGGACGCAGGUUCCGCGACGGACUUCCUCAAUAUGGGCAACAUUGGCGACUUGAGAAUUCCAGGCUCAUCAUAA